AUGCGUCGUUUUAAUCCUCAGUGGUUUAGUGAAUAUUCUAAUUGGUUGGAGUAUAGUGAAAGUAAAGAUGCAGUCUUUUGUUUGAAUUGCUAUCUAUUUAAAGACGAUAAUAUUCAUCAAGGUGGGGGUGAUGUAUUUUCGACCAUAGGGUUUAAGAGUUGGGAAAAAAAGAAGAGUCUUAAAAAACAUGUUGGUGGCAGAAAUAACAUUCAUAAUCAGGCAAGAAACAAUUGUGAAGAUCUAGAGCGACAAGAACAAUCUAUUGAAUUUGCACUUGUAAGGCAAGAUACUCAAUUUAAGCAUGAGUAUCGGCUCCGCGCAACUGCUUCAGUUGAUGUUUUUGAAAGGUGUGAUAACAUUAAAGAUUUUGUAUUGAAACAUGCUCCACAAAAUGAUCUGAUGACUUCUCCAAUGAUUCAAAAAGAAAUUGUGACUGCGUGCAAAAUUGAAACAAUUAAGGCUAUCAUAGAAGAAUUAAAUGGUGAUUACUUUGCCUUGUUGGUUGAUGAAGCUUUUGAUGUGUCGCGCAAGGAGCAAAUGGCUAUUGUUUUACGAUAUGUUGGUAGAAUGGGAUUUGUGAUGGAGCGACUUAUUGACAUUAUUCAUGUUCAAGAUACUUGUGCAUCAUCUCUAAAAGAAGCAAUUGUCAAUUUACUUGCUCAACAUUCCUUGAGUCUUUCUUAUGUACAUGGACAAUGUUACGAUGGGGCAAGUAAUAUGCAAGGCAGAAUCAAUGGCCUUAAAAUGUUGAUUAGGCAAGAAAGUAGAUCGGCUCAUUCUGUUCAUUGCUUUGCUCAUCAACUUCAACUACGUUUUGUUGCGGUUUCUAAAAAGUGUGUUGAAGUGAGGGAGCUUGUACUAUUGGUUUCGAGUAUUUUGAAUAUGUUGGGAGCUUCUUUUAAACGCAUGGAUGAAUAUCGAGACUCUCAAAAGAAAAGAAUUCAAGAAGCAUUAGAUAUGGGUGAACUUGAAACUGGUAGGGGCUUGCAUCAAGAAUUUGGUCUUACUAGAGCUUGUGAUACUCGUUGGGGAUCCCACUACAAAUCUUUUAGUAACUUUAUUCUUAUGUUUGGUUCAAUUGUUGAUGUACUUGAUGAUAUUGUUGUUGAUUCACAUUGUCCAGAUGAAAGUGUCAAGGCAAUGGGAUUUCUCAGAGCAUGUCAAACAUUUGAUGUUGCGUUCAUAUUGCAUUUGAUGAGAGAUAUUUUAGUAAUCACAGAUGAGCUUAACAAAUGCUUACAAAAAAAGGAGCAAGAUAUCGCAAAUGCCAUGCUACUUGUUCAAGUAGCAAAGAAAAGGUUGCAAAAGUUAAGAGAGGAAGAAUGGGGUUCGCUUAUUGAUAAAGUAUCUAAAUUUUGUAUCAAGUAUAAAAUUUUGGUACCUAAUUUAGAUGAUACCUCUUUAAGAUCACAGCGUAAACUUGUUGGUUGUACUAUCUCACACCGUUAUUACAUUGAACUGUUUUCCAAAGAAAAUAAUGGAAUGGCUGAACAUUAUCCUGAUGACUUUGAUGAAUUUAGUAUGGGGGCUCUUGAAAAUCAACUUGCGAGUAACAUUAUUGAUGUUCGUGAUCUUAAGGAAAGGUUCUCCGAUCUAAAAGGACUUUGUGAUCUUUCAAAAAGAUUAGUUCAGACAAAGAAGCAUUCAAAUUAUCCUCUUGUAUUCCGCUUAGUGAAACUUGCCUUGCUUUUGCCAGUUUCCACUACAUCCGUUGCUUUUUCGGCAGUGAAGUUUAUCAAGAAUGACUUUCGGAGUCGAAUGAAUGAGGGUUAUUUUGGUGGUUGCUUGGUGCCUUAUGUAGAAAAAGAUGUGUUUAAUAGGAUUUCUAAUGAUGUUAUUAUAAAAACAUUUCAAGCAAUGAAACCUCGUCGUGUACAGUUGUAG